AAAAAAAAAUUAAAUUCCAUGGCAACUAAGAAUAUUCUUGUAAUUCAACGCAAAACAACACAAAUAACUUUUGACCGGGUCUUAAAUUUUUGGCCAUUUUGUGGUUAACACUUGUAAACUUUGAACAAUGCCUGGUGUUACGAAAAAUUCAGCGAAAAGUAUCUCCUCGGAAGAAAUUUCAGAAGAAUUGUUGGAAAAAAUGCACGAACUGAAUGAAAAAUUGUUGGCCCUAGAUUAUACUAAAGAAUUUGUUUCAAACUUUAAAUGCCCACCAAUACAUCGAUAUUUUUUCAGCAAACAAAUUAAUCAAGCACAGCAAUUUUUCGCCUUUUGUUGUAUGAGUUCAUAUUUGCUGAACAAAUUGAACGAUGGUCGACAACAGAUUCAAGUGGACAGUUUUGAUGAUCCAAAUUUGACUAUCGACAAGAUUGUUGGUGCAUCACAAGCAUAUGGUGUUGGUGAUGUUUCUAAAAGCCGACUCAAACUUGGUUAUGGUGCUGAAGUGAUCGCUUUGCUUUCCACUUUGACCGACAAACUAUUCCUGGAGAGAUAUAAGAGCAAUGAAGUUCAUAUAGAAAUCAUAGUGCGAUCUGGUGAUGGCAUCCAAAUUGAAUCCGAAGACGACGACGAUGAGUAUAUUGAUGAUGAUGAACAGGAAAAUGAAAUUAUAUUGGAAGAAGAGUUUGAAGACUAUUUGGAAACAGAAUCAGAUUUAGUCGUUCACGAGGAUGAUAAUGAGGAAUGGCAAGACGCAUCGCUGGAAAGCAAUCAUCAACAACAAUUACGACAACAGAUGAUACAAGCCGCACGAAUUGAUUUGUCUGAAUGGAAGCUGGAAUUGGAACGUAUUUUACCGCAGAUGAAUGCUCAUCGAUUCAUGAAAAACCAAAGCAAAAAUCGUAUGACUAUGUUGACAACGGCUAACGAUAUAAGCAACGAAUGGAGAAUUCAUUUGCAAGCUGCACGUCGUCACCAUACCAAUAUUGAAUCCAUAUUUAGCCAAACGGAAGGAAUGCUAACCGGAAUAGCGGCCGAAAUGAAAACUGCAUUGGAUAAGAUCGCGGCAAAAGAAAACUAUCUACAUCAGAAUUGCAAUACCAUACUGGCUGAAUGGAUCAAUGUUCGCCAACGAGCCAUUGAAUUGAAACAAUCAUUGGAUCAGGCAGAAUCAGAACUCGAGGCAAGGUCAUUACGGCUACAAGAAUUGAACGACGAAGACCGAUCGACCAAACAAUCGAUCGAAGAAUAUAGCUUACGAAUGACCGAUUCAUCGCCGCUAGCUGAAGCAAAAAAGGCAAGGGAAAUGCUUAAACAGGAAAUGACCAGAAUUAGUCUACAAAUUGGAGUGGCCAUACAAAUUCUAGUGCGACAUGUCUCUCUUCAUUCAUCAUAUUGUUCUUAUGCUUGAAUUUCUGUUAUAUGUUUCAAUGUUUGUUUUUGUUUGCCAUUAAAGUCACAACUGAUUUAAUGAUUAAAGUACACGAGGAACAUAAAAAAUAAUAAGAUUCUCUAAUGCACAAACAUCACUCUAAUUAGAAUUAGAAUUAAUCAAAUUUCAUUUUCAAUGAUUUCUAUUAAAUUCUCCUAGGUGGCAUGACAAGCAUA